AUGUCCGUGACACUCACCAAAGAAGGCGAGGCCGUGCCCGCCGUCGUCAAGGCCUUCGACGACAAAGCCCACAGCGAGUACAAAUAUGCCCAAUACUUACCCGUCUACGACAAUGAAACCAAGUUUCCCCCCACGGAGCCGUUUGAAUUCAAAGACCGGGGGCAAGCAGCAGACAAGGCCAAACCUCACUUGUUUCAAACCGGAGACUCCAAUAUAGAAAUCACCAAACUCACGCCUCGCGUGGGCUCUGAAGUCCGUGGGCUACAGCUAUCGCAGCUUACAGACGUCCAGAAGGAUGAACUGGCCCUUCUCAUCGCAGAGCGCGGAGUCGUUGUCUUCCGCGAUCAGGACUUCAAGGAUGUCGGACCAGAGAAGCAAAAGGAAUUUGCUGCUUACUUUGGAAGACUUCACGUUCACCCCGUUGGUGCCCACGUUGAAGGCCAUAUCGAAUUCCACAACAUUUACCUCGGCGCAGACAACCUGUACCGUCUACAGCAGAGAUCGAGUAGAUUGUCGACGACCGGUUACCAUUCGGAUGUCUCCUACGAGCACCAGCCUCCCGGUGUGACGUUGCUCUCGCUGCUCAGUGUUCCCUCAACCGGUGGUGAUACCGGCUGGGUCUCUCAGGUUGCUGCGUACGAGCGCCUGUCUGAGCCUAUCAAGAAGUUACUUGAGGGUCUGCGUGCAGAGCAUAGUGGGUUUCCCCAAGCUGAGAGGGCGCGGCUUGAUGGAAAGCAUGUACGGAGAGAGCCUGUCAAGUCAGAGCAUCCCAUUGUUAGGGUUCAUCCGGCCACCGGGGACAAAGCACUGUUCGUCAAUCCUGGCUUCACGAAGCGUAUCAUUGGUCUAAAGGACGAAGAAUCGGACGCUAUUCUGCAGCUUUUGUUCAAGCACAUUGCCCUAUCGCAGGAUAUCCAGGUCCGUGUUAAAUGGGACGAUAGGACUGUUUCUCUAUGGGACAACCGGGUUACUGCCCAUACAGCCAUCUCAGACUAUGAUACUUCAAGCGAUGGGCUGCGCCAUGGCAUUCGACUCACUACUCUUGCUGAGAGACCCGUUGGCGUUGAUGGGUUAGAGACUGUCUGGUAG